CAAGGCAUGAAAGAAGAAAAGAGACGUUAAGAAAUGCGUGGUAUGCCUUCUUACCUCCCAAAUUGCACAUACUUAUUACUCUCUCCCUCUCCUUUCCAUUUUUCUUCUCAAACUCUUUCUCGAGGAAGAAUGGUGAUGAUGGGCAUAGGAAGAAUGGUGGUGAGCUUGAAAUCCAAACUCAGGAGCUUGAAGACGAUGAAGAAAGAUUAUGACAAGGUCGAGAAGAGCGAGAGCAUGAGGGUCGAAAUCAGGAGCAGGAAAGCAAGGAAGCUCAUCGAACGCACCCUCAAGAUUGCCGAUUCUCCCACCUCCAAGACUUUUGCUUUCUGACCUCUUCUCCUUUCAAUGCCUUUCUUAUAGUAUGCUGUAUAUUUCUCCUGUCGGUUUUAAAUAAAUUAAGCCUUUUCUUCUUCUUCUUCUUGGAA